UUGCCAGGACAUUGCAACAGAAAACUGCUAAACGCGAAACAAGUUGCGGCGCUUUUUUCUGCUCCUCGGGUUCACGUCUCCCUGUCCUGGCCUGUCCUGAAUCGAACUAAACUGAACUGAACUGAGCCGUGCUGCCAGGAUCAGGCAGCAGGCAGCAGGCAAGGCACAUCAGUAGGCAGUGCAAGGCAGGCAGGCAGGCAGUCGGCAGGCAGGUCGCCACUUCUCGCAGACUUCUUCGCAUCUGCAUAAAUCAAACCCAGAGGCAGAAGCAGAAACAGAAGCAGAAGCAGUUUUCCACCCCAAGAAAAAACUCUACAAGCAAAGAAAAAAAAAAUAGAGGAAAAUACAGACAUAGAAACAGGGAAAAGAUAUGGAAAAAAAGUGGCAAGUGAAUGUGAAAGUGAAAGUGUGUGCAACAUGACUUGAAGUGCAAGACUAGACACCUACAUACCACCUCCACCACCCAGCCCGGCCCCCUUUACGUAUACGCAAUGCGGCCCCGGCACUCAUACGCCCCGUUGGCCCGUCAGCCCUUCGAACUGAGACUCGGGCUGGGGCUCGAGCAGCCAUCGCUGGCCAUGCCAUCUUGAGUGAAUCGUAACCCGCCAAAAAAAACAAAAAAAACCAAACCGGCUUGCGCCAAAGACAAUGUAAACGCCGGCACUAGAAUGUAGCGCAGUUUUUUCCUCAUUUCCCAAAACUAACUAACAAAACCAGCCAGCCAACAACAAAUAACAAAAUAGACAAAGUUACAUUUUUACCAAUAUCGAUAAUAUUAAUCACUUGAUAAUCAGCGCCAGUCAAACGCAGCAUUUUGUUCGUAAACAACAACAAAGCAAGCAACAAACAACAACUAGCCACAACAAAGCAAGUCAAAGCCAAGAAGCAACCAAAUAAGCAGGCAAUACCAGUCAGUCCGUAAAGUCAGCAGAAACACGAAAAAGAAGUAAUAAGAUUAAGUAACUCCAGUUUCAGUUCCGCACCGAUUCCGAUUUGAGCCAAAAUUAAAACGUCUGAAUUUGAUUUCGAUAUCGUCUGGCCCGUUCCGUCUUCAAGUCUCGGCCACAGGUUCGUCAUCGUCCCGACACACUCUCAGUUUCUACAGAUUCAGACGUAGAUCCUUAGUUAAUUCACCUUUUGUAUUGUGCAUUUCGGCAAUAAAUAUUUGGAAAAGAUCCAAGGGAAGUCAAAAAGCAGAAGAAUAAAAGCAGAAGUCAACACUCGAAAUCAAAAACUACGAAAUUACCUGAAAAUUUUUAAACAACCAAAAAGUCUAUGAAUGCAACAAAAAUUACAUGCUAAAUUUUACAAGUGCAAAAUUUUCUUAUAAUAAUUUAUCAAAAUAAAAAAAAUAAAUUUAAACAAAAAAAUUAUAAAAAAAGCGACUCUAAAGCAUACAAAAAAAAAACGGAACUAUAGUGAAAAUUAAUCAAAAUUUAGAGAGAACAUUAAAUGCAAACGGAAUAUCAAAAUUGUUGUGAUGUGAUAUUUUUUCGACGUACUUUUAUUUAAGGGUUACACCAUAUCGAGAAGUUAUCCAAUGAGAAAGCCGCUUAAAUUUUGGAGGAUCUAUGAUGGACGACAGAGAAAAAUAACGCUUUGUUUGUGAAAGAUUUUUUGAGCGCAAGCAAGGAUUAUUAAAACGAAAACCAAGCCAAACCAACUAAAACCCAAAACGACAAAAAAUCGACAAAAAACGAAAAACGAGAAAGAAAUAUCUCAAAAUCCAUUCGCAAGUUUUCGGGCAGAGCAUCGAAAAUACACUUUUGAGAAUCGAAUCAAAGCGAAAGAAAACAAACUGGAAAGGAGUAGAAAAGACCUGGAGAACGAGAACGGGAGUAAAACGAAGGGAAAUACAAAUCAAAUCUAAAUAAAAUUAAAUGCAAAGGACAUUCGCAUGUGUGUGGUGGUGGAAAGAAAAUUCAAAACAAAAUUCACAAUUAGAAAACGCAGGAAAAAACGUAGAAAACGCAGACACAAAAUCAAGAGUGCCAGCAGCAACAGCAGCAACAAACUGUCAACAGCGGGAAGAAUUUUGAACUGGAACAUUUCGACCAAAAAGUUGGGCGACAGCAAAAUUUCAACGUUUGGCGCACUACAACACAGCAGCAACAGCAGCAAGGACAUCGCGGCCAGGCAGCCAGGAUUGCAGGAGCGAGCGGUUUUGAAAGCGCAGCAGCACACAUCGAUAGCCACAGCCCCUUCGUCUCACACGGACUAGGACUCACAAACGGACAGGGAUACAACAAAUUACUUUGGCUUAGAAAGCGGCCCAAGGAAAAGCCGCAGCCAGGACUUAAACUUGAAAUCACGCAUACGCCGCGGCGAAAUCUCGCUCUCUCAUUGCGGAAGCGCAGGGGAAAAGCCAGCCAAUCCGAGGAAACGCAAAAGGGUGCCAGCUGGGUUGCUGAGGGGAAAGCGGAGAAGGCAGGGAAAGCAGGGAAAGCAUUGAGAGCCAAGAGCUAAGAGCUGAGAGACGUGAGGCGAGAGAGCUGCUGCUGCUGGUGGGCAUCAUCUUAUGAUGUCAUCAGAGGAGUACGAGGGGGACUGUUUUGGUUUGUACAGCGAUGAGAACAACGUGCUGCUGAAAGCAACCGAGCCGGAGACAACAACGGUCACCAAGCUGCAACAUCAGCAACAGCAACAGCAACCACCGCCGAGCAGCAACGGCCACACGUCACCAAUACCUUUACAAAUCAACGGCGACGUCAGCGCGGCGAAUUGCGGCGAGAGGACCAAGACUAAUACCCAUACAAGCAGCAACAGCAACACCAAUACAGACACAGACAAGGAGCAAGAGAGAGAGAAGGCGAAGGAGAAGGCAAACGACGACGAGCCCGAGUCCGACGAUUCCGACGACGACGUCGUGGUCGUGCUCGAAGGCUGCGAAGGCAACGCCAGCAGCAGCAGCAACAGCAGCAACAGCAACGCCAGCAGCAACAACCACAAGGCAGCGGCAACGACGACGGCGAACAAUUGUAAUCGCAGUGGCGGCAGUCGCAGUCAUCGCAGCGCCCGCAGUAGUCGGCAAAUCAGUCAGUCAACGGCCGUCGGCAAGACAACAACGUGCGCGGCUAAAAAACCAACAGCAACACUAGCGCCCUCGCCAACAGCCAAGAAUUCGAACGUAAACGUAAGCGCGAACGUGAAUACAAACGGUAGCGGAAACGGAAACGGUAACGCGACUAGUAAAGUGAAUCGUCGUUCGCGUCAAAGAUCCUUGAGCAAAGACAUUAACAAUCAGCAAUCGAUCAGUAAUAGCAACAGCAACAGCAAUAGCAGCAACGGCGGAGCAACGGCAACCGCUGCUGGCUUCAUGAGUAGCGCUGCCGCGGCUGCUGCGGGUGCCGCUGGUGGAGGAGCCCUGUUCCAACCACAAUCGGUCAGCACGGCCAACAACAACAACAACAAUAAUAAUUCGAGCACACCGGCUGCUGCCGUGUCCACCCAUUCGCCCACGAGCAACUCACCGGUAUCGGGCGCCAGUUCGGCCUCGUCCUUGUUGACGGCCGCUUUUGGCAACCUGUUUGGUGGCUCCUCGGCCAAGAUGCUGAACGAGCUGUUCGGCCGCCAGAUGAAGCAGGCCCAGGACGCAACGAGUGGCCUGCCCCAGAGUUUGGACAACGCCAUGCUGGCCGCCGCCAUGGAGACGGCCACCAGUGCCGAAUUGCUGAUCGGCAGUCUCAAUUCCACGUCCAAGUUGCUGCAGCAGCAGCACAACAACAACAGCAUUGCUCCCGCGAACAAUACGCCGUUGAGUAAUGGCACAAAUGCCUCGAUCUCGCCAGGAUCGGCCCACAGCUCAAGUCACUCGCAUCAGGGCGUAUCGCCGAAGGGAAGUCGCCGAGUGUCCGCGUGCAGUGAUCGCUCCUUGGAAGCGGCAGCAGCAGAUGUUGCCGGUGGCUCACCGCCACGAGCAGCAUCCGUGAGUUCUUUGAAUGGAGGAGCCAGCGGUGCCAGUGGGGAGCAGCACCAGUCGCAGUUGCAACACGAUCUGGUGGCCCAUCACAUGCUGCGCAAUAUUCUGCAGGGCAAGAAGGAGCUGAUGCAACUGGAUCAGGAGUUGCGCACUGCCAUGCAACAGCAGCAGCAACAGCAACUGCAGGAAAAGGAGCAACUGCACUCCAAGCUCAAUAAUAAUAACAACAAUAUUGCUGCCACCGCCAACAAUAACAACAACACCAUGGAGAGCAUCAAUCUGAUCGACGAUUCGGAAAUGGCGGACAUCAAGAUCAAGAGUGAGCCCCAGACGGCUCCGCCUCCGCAGCAAUCGCCGCAUGGCAGCAGUCACAGCAGCCGGAGUGGGAGUGGCACUGGUAGCCACAGCAGCCUGGCCAGCGAUGGCAGUCUGCGGCGCAAGUCCUCCGACUCCCUGGACAGUCAUGGGGCGCACGAUGAGGCGCAGGACGAGGAGGAUGCCACGGCCAAUCGCCGGAUAUCCGAGAGUCGUGCCCCCGAGGUGACACAGCUGCCGACCAAAAAGGAAUCCGUGGACGACAUGCUGGAUGAGGUGGAACUGCUGGGUCUGCAUUCCCGUGGAUCCGAUCUGGAGAGCCUCGCCUCGCCCAGUCACUCGGACAUGAUGCUGCUGGACAACAGCAAGGACGAUGUCCUGGACGAGGACGACGACGAUGAUUGCGUGGAACAGAAACGGGAGUCCAGCAGUGGGUGCCUCAAGAAACCGGGCAUGGAGCUAAAACGCGCUCGCGUCGAAAACAUCGUCUCGGGAAUGCGAUGCAGUCCAUCUUCUGGACUAGUGCAAGCCGGACAACUCCAGGUGAAUGGUUGCAAGAAGCGCAAACUCUACCAGCCGCAACAACACGCCAUGGAGCGCUAUGUGGCCGCCGCAGCUGGCCUGAAUUUCGGCCUCAACCUCCAGAGCAUGAUGCUCGACCAGGAGGACAGUGAAUCCAACGAGCUGGAGUCCCCGCAAAUCCAACAAAAGCGAGUGGAGAAGAACGCCCUCAAGUCACAGCUGCGAUCCAUGCAAGAGCAACUGGCGGAGAUGCAGCAGAAAUAUGUGCAGCUGUGUUCGCGCAUGGAGCAGGAAUCCGAGUGCCAGGAACUUGACCAGGAUCAGGAUGCCGAGCAGGAGCAGGAACCGGACAACGGAAGCAGCGAUCACAUUGAGUUGUCGCCCUCGCCCACUUUAACUGGUGACGGGGAUGUGAGUCCCGCCCACAAGGAGGAGGCGGGCCAGGAGCGACCCGGUUCCAGUUCGCCCUCACCAUCGCCUCUGAAGCCCAAGACGGCGCUCGGCGAGAGUAGUGACUCCGGUGCCAACAUGCUGUCCCAGAUGAUGAGCAAGAUGAUGUCCGGCAAGUUGCACAAUCCGCUGGUGGGCGUGGGGCAUCCUGCCCUGCCGCAGGGAUUCCCACCGAUCCUGCAGCACAUGGGUGAUAUGUCGCAUGCGGCCGCCAUGUACCAGCAGUUCUUCUUUGAACAGGAGGCGCGCAUGGCCAAGGAAGCCGCUGAGCAGCAGCAGCAGCAACAGCAACAACAGCAGCAGCAGCAACAACAGCAGCAGCAACAGCAACAACAGCAGCAGGAGCAGCAACGUCGCUUCGAGCAGGAGCAACAAGAACAACAGCGACGCAAGGAGGAGCAACAACAGCAGAUCCAGCGCCAACAACAGCACUUGCAACAACUGCAACAGCAGCAAAUGGAGCAGCAACAUGUGGCCACCGCAGCCCCAAGACCGCAGAUGCACCAUCCGGCACCCGCCCGCCUGCCCACACGAAUGGGCGGGGCUGCUGGCCACACCGCCCUCAAGUCGGAGCUGUCCGAAAAAUUCCAAAUGCUGCGCGCCAACAACAACAGCUCGAUGAUGCGCAUGUCCGGAACGGACUUGGAAGGACUCGCCGAUGUGCUCAAGUCCGAGAUCACCACCUCGCUGUCCGCCCUGGUGGACACCAUUGUGACCCGCUUCGUCCACCAGCGGCGGCUGUUCAGCAAGCAGGCGGACUCCGUGACCGCGGCGGCCGAGCAGCUGAACAAGGACCUGCUGCUCGCUUCGCAGAUCCUCGACCGGAAAUCGCCGCGCACCAAGGUGGCGGACAGGCCCCAGAACGGACCCACGCCCGCAUCACAAUCAGGUAAUAAUGGUUCACUACUCCUAGCUAAUAGUCAAAUGCCCUCCCAAACGCCCGCGAGUGGGUCGAGUGGGCAGCAGCAACAGCAACAGCAGAAUGCACAGCAGCAACAUCAGGUAUCGCAGCAGCAGCAACAGCAGCCGCAGCAGCCGAAUGUGGCGCAACAACAGCAUUUGCAGCAGCAGCAGCAACAGCAGCAAUCGCAUCCUUUGUUGCCGCCCAACUGCCAACAGCUGAUCUCGGCCCCCCGCCUAAAUGGCAGCCAGUUAUCCUUCGCCUCGCCCGCCGCUGCUGCAGCCGCUGCCAUGGGUCUGCAGAUGCACCAUGCCGCCGCAGCAGCAGCAAUGUCCGCCCAGCAGCAGCAGCAGCAGCAACAGUCGGGGGAUCCCGGCGCGAAUACUAACCCAAACAGCGGGCCAUCGAACCCCACUAACAGUAGCUUAAGUACCCUUAAUAUACCGCCUCCUCACAUUCGUCCUUCGCCCACAGCGGCUACAAUGUUCCAGGCGCCCAAAACGCCGCAGGGCAUGAAUCCGGUGGCCGCCGCCGCUCUGUACAACUCGAUGACCGGACCCUUCUGCCUGCCGCCCGAUCAGCAGCAGCAGCAGCAGUCGGCCCAGCAGCAACAGUCCGCCCAGCAGCAGCAGCAGCAGAGCUCGCAGCAGACGCAGCAGCAGCUGGAGCAGAACGAGGCCCUCAGCUUGGUGGUGACCCCGAAGAAGAAGCGCCACAAGGUGACCGACACGCGCAUCACCCCACGAACCGUGAGCCGAAUCCUGGCCCAGGAUGGCGUGGUGCCGCCCAACGGUGGACCUCCGACUACGCCCCAGCAGCAGCAACAGCAGCAGCAGCAGCAACAGCAGCAACAGCAACAACAACAGCAACAGGCGUCGAACGGCGGCAACAGCAAUGCCACGCCCGCACAAAGUCCGACGAGGAGCAGCGGAGGACCGACGUACCACCCACAGCCGCCGCCACCACCACCACCCAUGAUGCCCGUGUCCUUGCCCACCUCCGUGGCCAUUCCCAAUCCCUCGCUGCACGAGUCCAAGGUCUUCUCGCCGUACUCGCCGUUCUUCAAUCCGCACGCAGCCGCCGGCCAGCCCACGGCCGCCCAGUUGCACCAGCACCACCAGCAGCACCACCCGCACCACCAGCCCAUGCAGUUGUCCUCGAGUCCGCCGGGCAGUUUGGGCGCCCUGAUGGACUCGCGCGACUCGCCGCCGCUGCCCCACCCGCCGUCGAUGCUCCAUCCCGCCCUGCUGGCCGCCGCCCACCAUGGCGGAUCGCCGGACUACAAGACCUGCCUGCGGGCCGUCAUGGACGCCCAGGAUCGCCAGUCCGAGUGCAACUCGGCCGACAUGCAGUUCGACGGCAUGGCUCCUACUAUAUCCUUUUACAAGCAAAUGCAACUCAAAUCAGAACAACAGGAGUCGCUGAUGGCCAAACAUUGCGAAUCCUUGACUCCUUUGCACUCUUCUACAUUGACACCGAUGCACCUGCGCAAGGCCAAGCUGAUGUUCUUCUGGGUGCGCUACCCCAGUUCCGCGGUGCUCAAGAUGUACUUCCCGGACAUCAAGUUCAACAAGAACAACACAGCACAAUUGGUGAAAUGGUUCUCGAACUUCCGAGAAUUCUACUACAUACAAAUGGAGAAAUAUGCACGACAAGCUGUCACCGAAGGCAUCAAGACACCCGAUGAUCUGUUGAUUGCUGGAGAUAGUGAAUUGUAUCGCGUGCUCAAUUUGCACUACAAUCGCAAUAACCACAUUGAGGUACCCCAGAAUUUCCGCUUCGUGGUCGAAUCGACUCUGCGGGAGUUCUUCCGUGCAAUACAGGGUGGCAAAGACACCGAGCAGUCGUGGAAGAAGUCCAUAUACAAGAUCAUCUCGCGAAUGGACGAUCCCGUGCCCGAGUACUUCAAGUCGCCCAAUUUUUUAGAGCAGCUGGAAUAAGUGGAGGAGUUGGCGCUGCCGACGCUGCCGCUGCCGCACCCGCUGGGAAUGCCACCGCCCAUCAGUCCGGCCUCCACCACCACCUGCAGCAGCACUACGACCACCAACUCCAGGGCCGGCAGCAGCCAUCCGAAGGCGCGGCGCAGGCCAAAGCUAAAAGGCUAAACCUGCGCAGGAAACACGACUGGAUAUGACCAACUCCCCAGCCAAAAAUGAACAAACAGUAUCCACACACAGCAAAAGGAACUUAGACAUAGCUGAGAGAUUUGCAGACAAACACACACACACACGACUCGAAAACGCGUUUAGAAAACAAACACACUGAGCAAAAUAUUUUUUCAAAAAUUUCCAAAAACCACACACAAUAUAAACUCACACAUAAACCUCAGCAAAAGAGCGACAAGAAUAGGAAGAAAAUGUGGGCCAGGGAGAUCCUCAUCUCCCAGGCCGAUUGAACAAAACCAAAACUAAACAUAGAGCAGCAAGUCUUAAUCUAAUGUGAAAUAGUGCAAAUUGAAAGAAAACCUGAGCCACACACCUGAGAACACCCACACACCGAGCGUAAUUUACAGGCAGUGUAAACUGUACUCGCCGUUGGUUUGUUAGUUGAAAUUUUUUUAAAAAUAUUUACAGCAGAUUACGUAUACGUAUGAAUAUUUAACAAAUAGUUGAGCCGUCUAAUGAUCUACCGAAAGUUGACACACAUUCCACAAAAAAAAAAGAAAACACAAACACAAUAACCACACGCAUUCCACGCACACACACACACCCACAUCGGUACAAAGUGUGUGUUCAUUUGAGAGAGCGAAAGUCGCUUAGCCAAACAGGAAGUGGAUUUCUCCGCACUGCUUGGCCGACCGACUUUCCGGUAAGCAGUUCCCCCAGCCCAGUGGCGCACUGCUUUACAAAAGCAGUAGCUGCUAUGAAAGCCGGAAAUCGGGAGAUAAUCUUAAAAAUCACCCAAAAGCUAAGGUUGCUAUAUCCCCUUAACCCCCCUUUAAGCGCUAAGCAUAUAUUCGAUGUCUAUUAAGCGAAACUAAAAGCAAAAAAAAUUACCAAAAAAAAAGUUAAGUAAUUGCGAAAACUAUUUAGAUUUUUAAUGAGAGAGCCAGAGUUAUUUGUACGAGCAGCGGGCGUUAGGGUAGUUAAAUUUAUAAUUUACAAUACGUUAUGCGAACCUUCGACCAAAGUUAAUUGUUAACAUGAAUCCCUUGAAUACGGUUAUUUUUAAUCAAUUCUUAUACUUUAGUGCCCCACUUUUGAGCACGCAUCUUAAUUUUAUAGAAUAAUCAACAUAUACACAUAACACAUCACAAAAACACACACACACACACACUAGUCUGUUAUUUAUGUAAAUAAUUUAUACGUUUAGUUAAGUUAACGUUUAGUUUAAUUAAUUUACUUUACUUGGCCUUGAGUUGCAACAAAACAAAAUAUACACGAAACACCAAAAAUACCAAUUAAAAA